AUGAGUUGGUCAGGAUUCAAGAAGAACCUCAACCGGGCAACCACCUCCGUCCUCUCAAAGACCGGAAGUUUGGAUAGGACCUCCGACCGCGAAUUCGAGGAAGAGGAACGCCGCUUCAAGAGCUUGGAUCAAAAGGUUGAAAGGCUUCACAAGGAAGCAGUGGGAUACUCUCAGUCUGUCAAAAGUAAGGGUGUUCUCAAUAUGACGGGAUCACAACUCAAAAUUGCUUCGACAAUUGACCAAUUCUAUGACGAUGGAGCACCUAUGGGCGUCUACGGUGUGAAGUACAAGGAGGCCGUUGGAAGACUGGAGCAGCAGGCCCAGGAUGAAUUGGAUGCUUCGUACAGGACAGCAGUGCUGGAACCCAUCGGUCGAUAUGCAUCCUACUUUCCCGAGAUCAACGAAGCCACGCGUCGUCGCAAUAAGAAGCUCCUCGACUAUGACGCCGCCCGCUCAAAAGUCCGCAAGCUGGUCGAGAAGCCGUCAGAGGACUCUACGAGACUGCCCCGCGCAGAACAUGAAGCCAACGCGUUGAGGGAGGCUUAUGAGACCAUGAAUGCUCAGUUGACGUCUGAGCUGCCAAAGAUUGUCGAUGCAAGAGUGGCGUACCUGGACCCUUCGUUCGAGGCCGUUGUCAAGAGUCAGUUGAGCUUUGCACAGGACGCCCAUAACACGCUGGAGGGAUUGAGACAGUUCUUCCCACCCGAGACGGAGGGCUAUGAGCUGGAGGCGGCUGCGGAUGGCAUCUUGCAGCAGAUGAGGGAGCUUUCCAUCUGCGGACUCGCCUAA